AUGAUCCUCGAGCAAGACAAACUAGGGAAAUCUACACCUAGACUUCAUAGAGAAACUGAGGAACAGAACACCAAAGGCAAGGAGAAAGCUUUAAAAGCAGCUGGAGAGAAGAGGCAAGGCUGCAGCUGCGCAGGCGCAGUCGGGGUGCUGUCGCGGAUCCGCCCCCUCUUCCCCUCGGCGGGCCGGGGUCGGUGGUUUGCUCAGUGCAGUUGGGCCCAGCAGGUGCAGAAAGGCUGGGGUCGUGGACCCCCACCAGGUCUCAGCAGCACGGAGGUGCAGGCUGUCGCCGAGGGCGCGGGGCCGGGCGCCGCCAGCGGCGCGCUCCGCCCCGGGGCCCCAGCCUCUGCCCCGCAGGCCCUGGCUGCCGCCCCGGUCCCGGCUGCGGCCUCUCAGUUCACCCUGCUGGUGAUGCGCCCCUGUGGAGGGCAGGACGAGGCUGCGGCAGAGGGCGUCCUGAGGCAGGCUCCGGCACUGGGGGGCAGCGCCGGGACGGGCAAGCCUGUUGGCUACCUGUGUGGUGGCGGGGAUGGCGAGGACGAGGCGGGGGAGGACGAAACCGACCUGCUGGACACUUCGGACCCCCCAGGGGGAGGCGAGAGCACGGCUAGCUUGGAGGAUCUGGAAGACGAGGAGACACUCGGGGGCGAGGGCGGCAGCGGGGGAGCCCGGAGACGGGGCAGCGGCGGGACCAGCAUGAGCAAGACCUGCACCUAUGAGGGCUGCAGUGAGACCACAAGCCAGGUGGCCAAGCAGCGCAAGCCCUGGAUGUGCAAGAAGCACCGCAACAAGAUGUACAAGGACAAGUACAAAAAGAAGAAAAGUGACCAGGCUCUGAACUGCGGUGGGGCCGCCCCGGCUGGCAGCGCAGGACACGUCAAACUGGAGGAAAGUGCAGAUAACAUACUCUCCAUUGUUAAACAAAGAACAGGAUCUUUUGGGGAUCGACCUGCAAGACCUACUCUUUUAGAGCAAGUGUUAAAUCAAAAAAGACUGUCAUUACUAAGAAGUCCAGAGGUGGUGCAGUUUUUACAGAAACAGCAACAACUAUUAAAUCAGCAAGUUUUGGAGCAAAGACAACAGCAGAUUCCAGGAACAUCAGUGUGAGGGAAUUUAUCGGGAAGAUCUACGAGUUUUUUUAUUUUAUUGUACUGGAUGGACAUAUUUUUAUACAAAAGAUAAAUGGGGGCAAGAUAUUUCAGUAGAAGGUAAACAGUCAUUUUCCUAUGAAAGUAUGUGUGCAUUUGGGGACAAAUAAGUAUUGCACGUUGUGCACCUAACCCUUUCAGAUCACCAUGGAUUUGAAGAAAUCAGCUUAUCUUUCCAAAGUAAUAUUUAAUUGCAAUGUUUUUUUAAACAAAGUGUUCCUCUUCAGUCGUUGUUACUGAAGGCAGUGAAGCAGUUGCUUUCUGUGGAAGUCACGAAGUUAAUAGAUACUAAUCUUGAAUCGUCUAGCUCAGUGGUUCUCGUCAAGGGGCAGUUGGAAAUGUGUGUUUUUGCCUGUCACAGUGACCUUGAAAAUUGCUGGGUUUUAUUGAGUGGUCCCCCACAACUAAGCAUUAUUUCACACUCAGCACCAAUAAUGCUUCUCUUAAGAAACACUGAGAGCUACCUGUGAUGAUAAAAUGCAGUUGGGGCACCUAGAAUUGGGUUCUCAUAGUACCCUUUUCUUUGCAGUUAAGACUGGAGUUGUCAAAGAGGUAAGCAGGAGUUCCCUUUGUGGCUCAGAGGGUUACAAACCUGACUAGUAGCCAGGAAGAUAUGGGUUCAACCCUGGCCUUGCUCAGUGGGUUAAGGAUCCAGCACUGCCAUGAGCUGUGGUGUAGGUCACAGACGUGGCUCAGGUCCAGCAUUGCUGAGGCUUUGGCUGGCAGCUACAGCUCUUAUUUGACCCCAUAUGCCACAGGUGCAGCCCUGAAAAGCAAAAAAAAAAAAAAAAAAAAAAAAAAAAAAAACAAGCAAAUUUUGUAUGUUUAAGCAAAGUGAUCAUUGUUAAAUAUCUGUGACAUUAGGACGUGCAUCGUCUCUUUUCAGAGAUGUGCUGGUAAACUCGAGUGGGGUUAACUCAGUACCCUGGAAGGAGUGCAGCUCCCGAGGUCGGCUUCUCUACUUCAUGCUGAUCUGUCUUAAAGCAGACCUACCAUGUGUUGUUACAUUUGUGAACAGUGUGAAUGUAUCUCAUCCCACCAAUGUCAGGGCAAAAUUACUUUUUUAUAUUCAUUUAUUUUUCAAAAAGAGAUCCUAAAAAUAAGAAUAAGACUAACACUUUGUCAGUGUUUUCAAAACUGAGGUAUUUUAAGAUCGUGUUGUUCCUAAGUAAUGUUCAAAUAGUGAUAGGUACUCAGUGAUAGGUACCCCUUGUAUUUUCUCCUAGGAAAACUGUUAAAAGGCAAAGGUUACCACUAAGAGUAUCAAGUCAAAUGUCACGAAAGUAUUUCCAGUGUUGACAAUAAAUGCAUGUGCCUCAAGUUAAACUGUGCAAAAUUUGUUAGCUUCUUGGGCUUUAACCUCUGAAAUAUAUAUCAAGUUAAACUUAGUCAUGGCUGUUCUAAGAAGUACUUAAGGAGAAAAGUUCAUUUUUUAUAUGUGUUUUGUACCUGCAUAUACAUGCAAAAACGCUUUUACCAAAUUAUUCAUUAAAGUCCAGUUGUUGACCUUUGA